GUUAUCUACGGUGAGCGUUGAUGUCAUCACUGGUCAGUUGCCCAUAUAAAUCGCCUCGCUCGGCCUCUUUUUCUUGUUGCGUAUACAAAGCAUCUCCCGGGCUCUUCUUGUUGCCUCUACAAAGUAUCUGUGCCUAUAUAUCUUGCUCUCUCCGUCGUUGCAGUUGGAUUGCAGGAGCACUAGCUAGCUAGCCAGGCAGAGAGCAUGGAGGUCUCGGCCAUGGAGGAAGCCGCCGUCCCUGCCCCUGUCCCUGCGGCGAGGAGGAAGGGCGGCCUCAGAACCAUACCGUUCAUCAUCUCGAACGAGAUCUUCGAGAAGGUGGCGACGUACGGGCUGCAAGCGAACAUGGUCGUAUACCUCACCAAGCGGUACAACAUGACGCCGGCCACCAGCGCCAUGGUGCUCUACCUCUGGUCCGCCCUCACCAACUUCCUGCCCAUCGGCGGCGGCGUGCUGUCGGACGUUUUCUUCGGCCGCUUCCCGGUCAUCGCCCUGGGAUGCGUCGUCAGCCUCUCGGGGAUGUGCCUGCUAUUGGUGACUGCGAUCCUGCCAGUGUACAAGAAGACUCCGGGGUGCGACCCGGCGAACCCGCGCGCGUGCACGAUGCUGACGUGCCAGCUGCCGCUACUGUUCACGUCGUUCCUGCUCAUGUCGCUCGGGGCGGGCGGCAUCCGGCCGUGCGCGCUGGCGUUCGGAGCGGACCAGCUGGACAAGCGGGACAACAGCACCAAGAACGUCAGGAGGCUGCAGACCUUCUUCAACUGGUACUACACCGUGCUGGGGAUCUCCCUCGUCGUUGCGGUCCUCGUGAUCGUCUACAUACAGGAUCACAUGGGGUGGGUCGUCGGCUUCUCCGUGCCCGUCGUGCUCAUGCUCGCCGCUCUCAUGCUCUUCCUGGCCGGCUCGCCUUUGUACCUCAAGGCGGAGGCCGACAGGAGCGUGCUGGUGGGCAUCGUGCAGGUGCUCGUCGCCAGCUACAAGAACCGGCGCGAGCUGUUGCCGCCGGAGACGGCCGAGGCGUCGUGCUUCCACAACAAAGCUGGCUCCAGGCCCAGAGUUCCCACCAAGAAGAUGGUGUCCAUGAACCGGGCGUGCGUGCUGAGGAACCCGAGCAAGGAGCUCAACAGCGACGGGUCGGCGUGUGACCCGUGGCGGCUGUGCACGGUGCAGCAGGUGGAGGACGCCAAGGCCGUCAUCCGCGUGCUGCCGAUAUGGUCCACGGGGAUCAUACCCGGCGUGAUCGUCGCCCAGGUGAUGUUCCCCGUGCUGCAGGCAGGUACGAUGGAUCGGCAGAUGGGCAAGGCGAACAUCCCCGCCGCCUCCUACAGCGUCUUCGGCAUCGUCACGCUCACCGUCUGGGUGGCCUUGUACGACCGCGUGCUCGUGCGGCCCCUCUCGCGGCUCACCGGCCACGCGCGCGGGCUCAGCCUGCGGCAGCGCAUGGGAGCCGGGCUGGCGAUCUUCACCGUUGCCAUGGUCGUGGCGGCGCGAACCGAGGCCCUCCGCCGCGCCGCGGCCAUCGCGGAGGGCUUCCAGGACCACAAGGACGCGGUGGUGCACAUGUCGGCGAUGCGGCUUGUGCCGCAGCACUGCCUCAUCGGGCUCGCCGACGCGUUGAACCUGAUCGGGCAGAUCGAGUUCUACUACUCCGAGUUCCCCAAGACCAUGUCCAGCAUCGGGGUGUCGCUGCUCGCCCUCGGCAUUGGCUUCGGCGCCGUGCUGGGGAGCGCCAUCGUGGGGAUCAUGAACAGCGCCACCGGGGGGGACGGGCGCGACAGCUGGUUGUCCAGCAACUUCAACAGGGGCCGCUACGACUACUACUAUCUGGUUCUCGCGGCGCUGUCCGUGGCCAACUUGGUGUACUUCAUCUGGUGCAGCUGGGCGUACGGCGAGGAAGGGCAGAUCAGAGUGAUGGCGUUGGCGGCCGAGGAGGCGGAGGAGGAAGAGACCAAGCAAGAACAGCACAAAUGAUAGGCAAGGCAUUCGCCGGGCAGUGACGCAGUGUGCUGGUGUGCUCGAUUGACCUCGCGCGCGCCUUUAUCUCUUGCGAAUUGCUGAAUUGUGAUAUUGAUGUGCUACGCUAGUGUAGAAACGAUGGAUACACCCGGUCAAUAUAUCAUC